AUGAAUCCUCAUUUAGUUUUUGUAUUUGUUGCCAUUGCAUUACCGUUUGCAGCUGCUAGCUAUGGUCACGCUCAAUAUGGCCAUUCCCAAGGUUCUUAUUUGCAUCAAGGUUCUGGCAAUGGUGUUGAAGAGCUCAUAAAUGCUGCUACUGCCAACCAACAGGCAGCUGCUGCUUCACUUACAGCCACCGCCGAUGUUGGUGCCUCACCCGGUGCUCAAGCUGGUUUGGCUCAAGCCAAUGCCCAACUCCAAGCUUUGAAUGCCAAUCCCUCUUAUCAAAACCUUAAGAAUUCCGAUUCUAUUGCUGAGACUUUGGCUCAAAAUACAUUGGCUGCCAAUAUACGACAGGGCAACAUUAAUGUGGUGGCUCCCAAUGUUGUGGGACAAACAGCGUUUCGUUCCCUGUUGGUACCUCAAGGUUUAAACAACCAUCAAGUUAUUGCCACUCAGCCUUUGCAACCAAUUAUUGUCAACCAACCCGGAUCUCCUCCCGCACAAAUCAGCAGCGGUCCUCCAGCUGUCGUAAGAGCUGCCCCGGUUGUGUACAAACUGAAACCCUCCAUUAUCUACCAACAAGAGGUUAUCAACAAAGUACCCACACCUCUCAGUCUGAACCCCGUCUACGUUAAGGUGUACAAACCAGGCAAACAAGUCGAUGCCCCAGUUUCUGCUCCCGCUUAUGGUCAAGCUGGCGGUUCUUUUGGUGUUAGUUCAUCAGGUGGAGCUUUCGGUGGUAGUUCAUCAGCUGGCGGUUUUGGUGGUAGUUCAUCAGCAGGUGCUAAUGCUGCUGCUAACGAAGUUGCAUAUGGUGCUCCACAAUACGCCAGUGCUCCUCAGUAUAUUGCUCAACCCGCCUAUGGACCUCAGUCGGGAUACUGAUGUGGUCUCAAACAAUAGU